CUGUCUUUGCCUCCAAACGACGAGUUAUUUAAAAAAGGCGCGACAAAGCAAUACUUCACAGACCUCUUCACAGAAUUUGCGCAGGGUUGAACGAUGGGUAGAGAAAAGGUGAAAAAUCCCGCUGUUUGUUUGGCUGCACUUGUUAUUCUGACCUGUUACUGGGUGAAAACUACAGACUGCUUUCGACUGAGGAAAUCCCAGAGACGAAUCGUGCAGAGAGAAACUGGUUUUCCUCCCUCUGGUCGAGUUCAAGAAGGAAACAUCGUGUUCGGGAGGGUUUUUGAGGUCCCAUAUGGAAGCAAAAAGCACUCUAAAAACGCUUCAGUGGAUGAUGAGACAGAUUAUCAAGCAGAUUUUGCUGGCUGGUCUCAGCAGGCUGACAUGGAAGAGACCUCCCAGGAGAAAUGGAAACCCUUAGCAACCUCUCUGCAUUGUUUUGGUGACCACAUGAAGUUCAGGUCACUUGGACCAGGAGCUUCACAACUUGCAGUGGAGCAAGCACAUGAGCCCCCGGUGCCUCUUUCCAUGGUCCCUCCAAAAUGUGGCUACAGAAUGCAUGGGAACUCGAUGGCAUUUGUUCUGAUGGCUCCGUAUGAUGGCUGCAACAUGAUUCAGCAGGGAGGAAAUUACAUGCUACCACUACUCUGGCAAGGCCAUCCUCUGUCUCUGUUAUGUCCCAAACGUGCAAGAACUCAGGUUCCCCUGAUGCCGCAGGUUCCCCAGAUGCCGCAGGUUCCCCAGAUGCUCAGCCAGCCUUACUUUGACUUUUAUUCUCAUCUCUUGCCUGCACCGGCUGAACCUGCAAAACCUGUGCCACAACUUCCAAAACUUCCCUUACACCUGUACUUCUACCCUUUCCCACCUCAGACGACUGCCCCACCACCUACCACAUCAGUACCUAAAGUCCCAUAUCCUCAGAUUCCCUUUCCACCAUAUUUCCCUGUCCCAUACUGGCCUCAAUUUCCAGAAUUUCCUCCCUUCUUGCCUUAUCCAACUGAAAAACCUCCAAAGUCUCCAACUUCAGGACAGAAGACGACAGCAAUUUCAUCUAAAACUACAGAGGCUCCUGCACCUACCCAGGGUCCUUCUGAUGCCCCUGCACAGUUGUAUCCCAUGGAGUACCUACCUGUUGUUCCAAAUGAACAUUUUCCUCACAUGUUUUAUUCUCAUAAAGGCUAGUGUGAAGCUUUAAAAUAAAUUUUUGAAAACA